AUGGCCGGCCCCAGCAAGUCUCUGGUCCUUGACCCGGCGCUCCAGAAAUACUACGAGCUCAACGCCAACCGCUACAAGUACUUCAAGUGGACCCCGCGUCACGCCUGGACCUCCAUCAUCUAUGCCAUCGCCAUCCCUGCUACGCUGACUCUCGUCGCCUACAAGACCGAGGUAGGUAGACCCGACCUCCCCACUCGGGGCAAGGGAAGAGACCAAUUUGCGGGGAACUUCGCUAACAGUUCGCAGGGCCUGUUCGAACUCCGUGGCAAGCGCAAGGGAGACACCAUGGUCGAGUGGUAG